AUGAGUGAAAGUGAAAAAGACACGAUACCAGAAACCUUUGUGUCUCGCAAGAGCAAAAUCCUCGCAGAGCUCUCCAUCCCAGAUGCCGAGUACACAGACCUUUCACCCAAGGGCUCGGUCGACGAAGGCAUCCGCGAUCUCAUCCGCGACAUUAACGCACUCCCAGGCCUGGUCACAACGAGCAGCUGCGCUGGACGAAUCAGCGUCUUCCUGGAGGGGAGGAAGAGCAAACCCCAACCUCAACAAGCACCACUUGGACAGAACGAGUCGUUCAACGAACCACAAAGACAGUUCGUGCCCUCGGGGGGCAAAGGGGCAGGAAAAUGGCUGUUUGUGUCCCACGAGCCUUUGAAGGAGGAUGCCGUCCCCCUUGGAUCUGUAUCUGGAUCUGAAUCUGGUCGACCGGAAGAGACGAAGCCGACUAGGUCGUUGUGUGAACGGUUUGGCUUGGAGCCAGGCGAUGGGAAGCCUCCGGGGAUGAACCAACAAGGCCGAGCCCCGCGUCUGGUGCGCUUCCAUUUCGAGCCGAUGAUUUUGCAUAUUAUGACGGCUACGCUCCAUCACGCCCACCCUGUCUUAUCUGCCGCCUCGGCCUCUGGCUUCCGCGAGAGUGGCCUGCAAAGUCUCCGCUGCCUGGAUGCCGAAGAUGGUCCGAGUCCGAUUGUCGCUGUGCGCUCGGCAGGUCUCUCGCUGGAGUCGGUGAUCGGGUACUGCGAAGAGGGUGAUGAUGACAAUGAAGACCUCGCGGAUAGCGAACCCGUUAUUCGAAGUCUCGUGACGGAGGAGUAUCUGCAGAUGUUAGUGGCGAUGUCGAAUGAGCGAUUCUCGGUCAACACGGAGCGGAAAGAGCGAUUCCGCUCAAGUAUGCUGGAUCUGUGUGCGGCGGCUCAUUCGCGCGGUGCGAAGACGAAAGGCAAGGCGAAGGGUUCUGCGGAUUGGGAGGAUCCGGAAAAGCGGAGGGAGAGAAAGAAGGCAGAAGGUUUGUGGAGGAAGAAGCAGCUUGAGGAGCAGAAAAAGAAGGAAGAGCAAGAAGGUGCUCAAGGAGAUGUAGAUAUGAGCUAA